AAGCCGCCAGGCCCCCGAGGACCAAAUGUGGGUGCCAAGGGAGCUGGUGGUACCCACUCCUGGAGGAGAGGAAGAGAGACACUAAUCCUCAGGAGGCUUUGGGGACCCCACACGCCUCCCCAUUAAACUCCCAGCGAGUCCCAGCGACUCCUGGCAGCCCGCGUCCGCCAGCCAACCGCUCACGGCAGCACAGCUCCAGGGAGAGCCGUUAUUCACACGCUAGCUGUAGAGGACGCAGCACAUGGCCUAUGUGGGAAUCGAACCGGCGACCUCGGCUCUAGGAGCACAGUGCUGUAACCACCUGAGCCACUCAGCCACCCCCUGGGGAUGCCUAACAAGGUAUUCCACUGGGGGAAGAACCUUCGCCAUUCAUUCAUUCCUGGUGAUGGUGCACUGGCCUGGAAAGGCACCUUGCAUGUACAAACCACCCAAUCCAGGCCCAGCCCCACCUCAGCUGGGCUCUGGCACCCCAGCCCAGUAACUGUGUCCUAAUCACCCCGGGCCUACUGCCCAGAGCCCAGCUGGAACGAUUCCUACUAGCCAGUCCUGGGUCUCGCCUCCCAUCCCUGCCUUUCCCACGGAAAGCACAAGCAAGGCUCUUGCCCAAGUGUCCUCCUCCGUCCGCCUCCUGACUGGCCCUGGGGCUUCCCCCAGUGGCGUGCCUCCCCCUCACCGGGAGCUGUGAGCACCGAACUCUUCAGUGGCCGUUGUCUCCUGACCUGCUGUCCACACCAUACCUUAAUAAUGGUAAAACCCAUGUUUUAAAACAAGGAGCGCCGCGUCUCACAACUGGGUGAAGGGCCCUGGAGGGACAGGGGCUGGGCUGUGGGCCCCAGCUCCAGCUUCUGGGUUGCUCGGCCUCCCGCUGGGACGGGCAGCUCAGUUCCCUGAGAAGGAGCCCGAGAUGGAGGUUGGGACCGUGGGGGGACGCUGACCCUUCCACUCUGCAUCACUUCCUGGUGUGGCACUGGCCUUGCCUGGGUGUGUCCUCACACACCGGGCCCUGGGUGGAGCUGACAGGGGCUGCCCCUUCCUGCUCAACCAGGCCCCUUCGCUGAGGGCAGGACGCAGCUGCUGGUUCUGGCUGUGGGCAUCACCUGCUUCGAGUUCGGAGCCUGGGAGCAGCUCCUGGGGUCGAAGAGGGCCACCCGUGAUGUGGGCAGCCGGGAAAGUAACAUACGUGAAUUUGGACGUGACUCUCGGGUUGGGUAUGGAUGGUCGGGACAUUGGGGGGCAUUUUGGGGCCCUCGCACAGAGAGGUGUUGAGUUGUGAGCGCCACCCUUGGACGUUAGGACCAGUACCCGAGGCCCUGGCCCCGCCAGGACCCGCCACUUCUCCAAGGAGUCCUGGCUGUUUUGAUGGAGGAUGGUUUUAGAAGCCACCGUGUGCUGCCGGACUACUCAUUGUCACUGGGAUGGCAUGCUUUGAGUGUCUCUUGGUGGACAUGGUAGGGAAUGUGGAUCACAAAGUGAUUGAAGGCUGUCUUGUGAGGCACAUCUGGGAGAAUUUUAGCACCAAAAUAAAUGCCGAUAGCCGUGAUUAGAUCCAUUGAAUAAAGUGAGAAAUCACGAGGCCGACUAACUUCAGUGGAGAGAGAGCAAACUGUGUCACCCUCGGGUGACCCUCCGGCAGUCACUGUCCAGGUAAUAUCGUCAAUGGGGGACAGUGAUGGCUAGUCUCAAAGCACCUUCCAAAAUACACUUUGUUUUACAUGGAGCAUGAGAAUGUUUUCUUUAUCCUUAGAUCCCAGCUCCUGGGGGGUGACAGCCACAGGUGUUGCAGAGGCAGCACCCCCCACCCCAGCAUCACAGACCCAUCCUGGACUCCGGGCGCUGCACUCCUGGGCUCUUCCCCUUUCUUCCUCCCUCCAAGCCUCCUGGCCUCCACACCCGCGAUACGGGGGCUCACACGGCUCGCCUUCACUCCGUCCCGCAAACCACGUACUACGACGCUGCCUCUACUUCCUCUGCUUUGGUUCGGGACCCCGGGACGCCAGCAGCUCGGCCCCUCCGCCCGCCCGCAUCCCACCAGGGCUGGCGGGCCCGGGCCGGCGCAGCACUCUGCACCCGCGCAGGCCUGCAGUCCGCCGUCAAGCUCCGCCCGCCGCCAGCGCCGUGGCGCCAUUGGCCGAAUGGCUCAUGCAUAUGCAAACUAGGUGACUGAACAGGUGACCGCCCGUUUUGCGGUAAUAGGGGCGGCAAGCGUUCUGGGGACUUGGCCUAGGUUGAGAGGCAAUCUGAACGUGGGCCUGGGCGGAGGGGAGGUCUAGGAGCCGGGAGGCGGCCUGGGGGCGUGGCCGGGGCGUGACCAGCCUGGAGCCCGGCUCCCGCGUAGCCCCCAGGUGGAGCGCGGCGGGUCGGGAGCGCUCACUGCAGCAGGAGGCCGGAGCGGGCGGCCGUCAUGAACUCCGUAGAUCUUGCCCGCGUGGGCGCGUGUGUUCUGAAGCAUGCGGUGACCGGGGAGGCCGUGGAGCUGCGGAGCCUGUGGCAGGAGCAGGCGUGUGUGGUGGUCGGUCUGCGGCGCUUCGGCUGCAUCGUGUGUCGCUGGAUCGCCCGGGACCUCAGCAGCCUCAAGGGACUCCUGGACCUGCACGGCGUGCGCCUGGUGGGCGUAGGGCCCGAGGCCCGGGGCCUGCAGGAGUUCCUGGACGGGGGCUACUUCUCCGGAGAGCUCUACCUGGAUGAGAGCAAGCAGUUCUACAAGCAGCUGAGCUUCAAGCGGUACAACGGCUUGAGCAUCCUGCCAGUCGCCCUGCAGAAGCCAGUGCGUGAUGUGGCCUUGAAGGCCAUGGCUGUCGGCAUCUGGGGGAACCUGUCUGGGGACCUGCGGCAGAGCGGAGGCCUUUUGGUGGUCAGCAAAGGUGGUGACAAAGUGCUGCUACACUUCAUCCAGAAGUCCGUAGGCGACUAUGUUCCCCAGGAGAGCAUCCUGAAGGCCCUGGGCAUCUCUGCGGAGGUCUGUGCCAGCAAGCUGCCCCAGUGUGAAGAGGAGGCGUGCUCGAGGCAAAGGCCCCAGGCUUCUGAGGAUGUGGGAGGCAUCUGCUGUCCUGGGAACAAUGCAAGUCGGAUGUGAAGAAUUGUUCUGGAACUUCGGCCUGGCAUGCUGCACCCUGCGUGGUCAGCGGGUAGCGCCGAGCAUUACACUGCGGUGUCUGUUA